CGCGUUAGCCAAGGUCCUUUUCUGGUUCUUUGGAAAGUGUGGGAAGUGAGAGCUGCACUGUCCUAUUUUUCAGGCUUGGGGUGCAGGCCAGCCCAGACUGACCACCGGCUGGACAAUUUGCUUUGGGAAGUCAGACCUUCUUAUUUAAACAGGGUCAAGCCUUGGUGAUUCCGAGGGUGCAGAUAAUUCCCAAGAGCAGACAUGAAGCGACAACCACCUCACUCCCAUCCCAUCCAGCAGCUUAAGAACCAGGGGGUUAUUUCUGUUCCUUGUAACAGAGGCCAUUCCCGUUUCUCAUUCCCAGGGGAAUGCAGGAAGGGCCCCCCUGUGCUCGGGACAGGGCUGUGUUUCCUGCUCACACUCAUGUCCGUCCUCACAUGUGCACCUGGAGCCUGCACGCACCGUGUCAUGCAGGGCUUGCACUUGAGUCAAGGUGGGGCCCACGGUGUCUGGUUCCGGAAGCAGCCCAGGAGGGUCUGAGAUCAGAUCACCAAGGCCAUUGUCCUGCCCCCGUGACUCUCACCCCGGCUGUGAAGCUAGAGGAGAUGGAUUUGGUGCUGUUUUAGGAGUGGGGUCUGCCAUGUGCUGGCUGAGGCUGGGGGGUCCCAGCUCAGUUCUUCCAUGUGUUGCUGGCCUCCGACUCUCUCUGCUUCUCCCUCUCCAAAGCUCUGCCCACAGCUGGACUUCCGCCAUCCACCUGCAUCUCCUCUUGGCCCUGGCCAGGGUGGGCCAGGUCUCAGACUUGGUCCUACCCUCUCAUCUUUGAGCAACUUAUCCCAUCACAUUUUUAAAAAUCGAGUUCCUUCUGUUCCAUCUUAGGGCUGUUUUUCCUCUGUCCUCAGCCCUCCUUCCAACACCCCCACAUGAGACCCUAACUUAAAUGGAGGGAAAAAAAUGGUUGUCUUUAUUUCCUGAAGCCUUUGUGAAAGCCAAGAUGAGCAACACUCAAGCUGAGACGUCCAUAAUAGGCAUGAUCGACAUGUUUCACAAAUACACCAGACGGGAUGACAAGAUUGACAAGCCAAGCCUGCUGACGAUGAUGAAGGAGAACUUCCCCAACUUCCUCAGUGCCUGUGACAAAAAGGGCAUACAUUACCUGGCCAGUGUCUUUGAGAGAAAGGACAAGAAUGAGGAUAAGAAGAUUGAUUUUUCUGAGUUUCUGUCCUUGCUGGGAGACAUAGCCACAGACUACCACAAGGAAAGCCACGGAGGGGCGCCCUGUUCCGGGGGAAGCCAGUGAUCCAGCCCCACCCAGGAGCCUCCAGAGACCCCAGGAACAGUAAAGUGUCUCCUCCCACCAGA